AUGGUGCGUUUUGCUGCGGGCGCGUUUUGAGGGCGCUUUGCUUUUCCGUCAUAGACGUCAUUUGGUUUUUAAUGGCCUGCAGGAGAUUCUGGCGUUACAGUCUCGAGACAUGAGAGAAAGAGAAAGAGAAAGAAAGGGAGAGGGAGAGAGAAGACGGAGGGAAAUCGCCGCAUGAACCCUAUUCAAGGAUCAAGGCUUCAUGUGCAUUAAAAUAGAAAAAAAUAAUCCUCAUUUUCUAUUAGAUCCACUUUUACAAACAAGUUCGUUCUGCUUAAGAGUGAAGCGGAAAUAAGAGCCUGGUGUCCUGAUUGGAUCAUGUUUGUGAUGUCUGACUGCUGCAGCACCGCUUUAGGGAAUUCUUACAUCAGACGAAACGGCAGUGAUUAGACAUCUGUUAUUGUUGUUUUUGUUGUUUUUACAACUCUUAAAGUCCAACUCUUAAAGAGAAAACGACGUGCCACACGAUUUGCACUAAAUCCUAAAGCAGAACUUCAGCUGAUUUCUUACUUUGAAGGGAAAAUGAACCCAAAACGCUGAUGGUUGUCAAUAACCAGAAGACGGACAACAUCACGGUUUCGCAUUUAAAAGGAGAAAAAAAGCAGCUCUUUAUCUUUGUCUUGGUCUAAUUGGAGCCAUAAUCCUCAUCCUCAUCCCUAAAGGCGACUGAGCAGCCCGGAGCGACACAUUGCUUCUUCAUCAUCUUCAUCAUCUUCCCUUUUUUUUCCCUUGAGCUCUGCUGUUAUGUGUUAUUUAUCCUAGCACUCGGGUUACUGGCUUUCUUCCCUGCUAUAUAACCGAACCAGACAUUUCUAUUUAUACACAUAUAUAUAUAUAUAUUUUCCUGUAUCUGAAAAGACCAAACGCUGGACGACGGAACGAUAAAGUUACCAGGACGCAAGAAGACAUAUUUAUAAAGAAAAGGAGCUAAAAAAAAAAAAAAAAAAAACUACAGCUAUAAAUUUCUCUCCAGAGGAAGGAAGAAGCAUGUCGCGCUUGUCUCUGACCCGCUCGCCGGUCUCUCCCCUGGCAGCGCAGGGCAUCCCGCUGCCCGCUCAGCUCACCAAAGCCAACGCUCCCGUGCACAUCGACGUGGGGGGGCACAUGUACACGAGCAGCUUGGCCACGCUUACCAAGUACCCUGACUCCAGAAUCAGUCGUCUCUUUAACGGCACCGAGCCCAUCGUGCUGGACAGUCUGAAGCAGCACUAUUUCAUCGACAGGGACGGAGAGAUCUUCCGUUUCAUCCUCAGCUUCCUCAGGACCUGCAAGCUGCUGCUGCCUGAAGACUUUAAGGACUUUAACCUGCUGUAUGAGGAGGCGCGGUAUUACCAGCUCACCCCCAUGCUGAAGGAGCUGGAGCGCUGGAAGCAGGAGCGCGAUCAGCGGCGCUCGGCUCAGCCCUGCGAGUGCCUGGUGGUGCGCGUGACCCCCGACCUCGGCGAGAGAAUCGCCCUCAGCGGGGAGAAGAUCCUCAUCGAGGAGAUCUUCCCCGAGACCGGAGACGUCAUGUGCAACUCGGUAAACGCUGGCUGGAACCAGGACCCCACCCACGUCAUCCGCUUCCCUCUCAACGGCUACUGCAGACUCAACUCCGUACAGGUGCUGGAGCGUCUGUUCCAGAAGGGUUUCAGCGUGGCGGCGUCAUGCGGCGGCGGCGUCGACUCCUCCCAGUUCAGCGAGUAUGUGCUGUGUCGUGAGGACAGGCGGAGCCAAAACAUGAACACGCCCCUCAGGAUAAAACAGGAGCCGCUGGACUAGAGACACGCUCGUCUCACUGACACAGACUAAUCUGCCCUUAAAGAAUCACACACACACACACACACACACACACACACACACCUGUUACCUAAAGCGGAAUGUAACAGACACAAAACACGCAAAGGCACACAAGAACAACCCAAAGAACAAGAAGCAAGACAACAGAAUGGGCAGAACAGAAACAUUUCACUCGGCUGCUCACUCUAGUGAUGAUUAAUGACAUUCUGUCUGGCCAAUAAGAAGCUGGUUUCUCCCGCAGGCUCCUCCUUCUGUCAGUGCAGCGUGAGUUGUUUCCACACUGCAUGCGAACGGGUUGUAUUCAGGGAAGCCCACAAUCUCUCUCUCUAUCUCUCUCUCUCUCUCUCUCUCUCUCUCUCUCUCUCUCUUUCCCUCUCUCUUUCUCACCUCUCUCACUCACUCUCUCAUUCUCUCCUCUCUCUCUUUCUCUCCUCUCUCACUCACUCUCUCAUUCUCUCCUCUCUCUCUUUCUCUCCUCUCUCACUCACUCUCUCUCUUUCUCUCCUCUCUCUCUUUCUCUCCUCUCUCACUCACUCUCUCUCUUUUUCUCUCCUCUCUCACUCACUCUCUUUCUCUCUCUCUAUUUCUC